AAUGCACAAUAAUACAUAAGCUCAAAUAGUAACAACAACAUAGAAUGCUCGUCUAUUAGAAUUAGUGUAGAAUAGCAGAAAACUUAUACAUGAAGGAUAAAUCUAAAUUUGUUAUAUGCCAGAUGCUAAGAUUUAUUUUGUAAUGAUCAACACCUAUUGUCAAACAAUCUUUCCUAGCACUCCUUGGGUUAUUCUUAAGUCUGAUAAAGGAUAUUCCCUUCUAUACCCUAAUGCCACUGCUGGUAUGGCUAUCAUUAAUAUUUAGGAUUAAAUGGAAUUUUCAUUUAAAAAGGACAAGAAGGAGAUUUCUUUUUAAAUACACUUCAACAAUUAGUGCAAAUAAUUCCAUUUGAAAAUGCCAUCCAAAUACCUUAAUUCAAAUAAAGCAUUCAACUUCAUUGUAAAGAUAUCGAUAUCAAUCCAUUGGAGAAUAGUACUGUAGCUGUGGGUUAUAUCAAGGCUGGAGGAGAGUAAGAUUUAUACUAAUUAUUAAAGAGCUUUGAAAGAAGGUUUUAGUUGGUUAGGUGAUAAAAUAGCAAAAGGUGUAGCAGCAGGUGGAGAAUACAUCAAUUCAAAAGUAGAGAAAAAGGAGGAUGUUGAAGUUAAAUAAGAAACAAAGAUUAAAGUGGAAAUAGCUAAAUCUAAGUUUUCAGAGACUGUUGAUGUUACUGGUGCAUAUCUAAAAUAGUUAUUCACUCCUGUUGUUUAAAAAGGAUCAGAAAUAAAAUAAGAUAUUAAUAAAUAGAUUGAUACUUCCGAUAGUUAAGGUAAUUAAUAUUAAUAUCAAUCUUAAAGGACUCAAAGAAGGUCGAGAAAUAUUUGUUGCUAGUUGGGAUGCAAUGGGAACUGCUUUGACUGGUUUAGGAUCUGCAUUAUCAAAAAUUGGUGAUCAAAUUGGAACAAACACUAGAGUUAUAGUUGAAAAGAAGUAUGGAUAAGAUGUUUCUGAAACAUAUUUGGGUCCAAAAUAAUAAUAAUAAUAAUAAUAAUAAUAAUAAUGAU